AUGCUAAAGCAUGGAAGGGCGGGGGUGCCGAUGGAAGUGAUGGGUUUGAUGUUGGGCGAAUUCAUCGAUGAUUUUACGGUGCGAGUCGUCGAUGUUUUUUCAAUGCCUCAGUCAGGUAAUAGCGUUUCUAUAGAAGCAGUAGACUACGUAUAUCAAACGGAGAUGUUAGACCAACUCAAACGGACGGGGAGGCCGGAGAUGGUCGUUGGGUUUGCUGCUCCUGCUGCUGCUCUUGCUGCUGCUGCUGCUGCUGCUGAUUAUGCUGCUGAUUAUGAUGAUUAUGAUGAUGCUGCUGCUGCUGAUUAUGAUGAUUAUGAUGAUGCUGCUGCUGAUUAUGAUGAUGCUGCUGCUGCUGCUGAUUAUGAUGCUGAUUAUGAUGAUUAUGAUGAUGCUGCUGCUGCUGCUGAUUAUGAGGAUGUUGCUGCUGCUGCUGAUUAUGAGGAUGUUGCUGCUGCUGCUGAUUAUGAUGAUGUUGCUGCUGAUUGUAAUAGCGUUUCUAUAGAAGCAGUAGACUACGUAUAUCAAACGGAGAUGUUAGACCAACUCAAACGGACGGGGAGGCCGGAGAUGGUCGUUGGGUUUGCUGCUCCUGCUGCUGCUCUUGCUGCUGCUGCUGCUGCUGCUGAUUAUGCUGCUGAUUAUGAUGAUUAUGAUGAUGCUGCUGCUGCUGAUUAUGAUGAUUAUGAUGAUGCUGCUGCUGAUUAUGAUGAUGCUGCUGCUGCUGCUGAUUAUGAUGCUGAUUAUGAUGAUUAUGAUGAUGCUGCUGCUGCUGCUGAUUAUGAGGAUGUUGCUGCUGCUGCUGAUUAUGAGGAUGUUGCUGCUGCUGCUGAUUAUGAUGAUGUUGCUGCUGAUUGUGAUGAUCAGAGUUUUGAGCAAUUAAAUCAACGAGCGAAUGAUGCGCUGAAACUACAGAACUUUGAAGAGCAUCACCGCGAACGCGAGGCGAGUGUAGCUGCAUUAAAAGAUUUAAGUGCGAAGUAUAUAUCAAUGAUUGAAGAAGAAAUAAAGAAGAAACCAGAGCAACUGCUAGUAGAUAGAGCAGGACAAAUAGAUGCAAAGAUGCGCCUUCAAAACACUAUUGAUUCUCUUCUUACAGAUACACUCUUGCAAAACCUAGGAAGCAUGAUUUCUACUCUCGCAUUCUAA